GCGGGGAGGCAGCGUCCGCACUGCUCGCCAUGGCGGCGAGGGGAGCGGCGGGGAGCGGGCUGCUGGGGCUGCAGGCGCGGCCGCUGGGCGCGGCGGAGCCGCUGGCCCUGGGCUCGCUGCUGGGCCGGGUGCUGCUCGUGUCCAACGUGGCGUCGCUCUGAGGCACGACGGCCCGCGACUUCGUGCAGUUCAACGAGCUGCAGAGGCUCUACGGCCCCCGCGGGCUCGUCGUGCUCGGCUUCCCCUGCAACCAGUUCGGGCACCAGGAGAAUGCCACAAACGAAGAGAUCCUGCACUCGCUGGAACACGUUCGUCCAGGCAACGGCUACAAGCCCAACUUCACCCUGUUCGAGAAGUGCGACGUGAACGGGAAGGAUGCCCACCCACUCUUCACCUUCUUGAAAGAGGCGCUGCCCUUCCCACAUGACGACCCCUCCUCACUGAUGACCAACCCGCAGUACAUCAUCUGGUCCCCAGUGUGCAGGAACGACAUCUCCUGGAACUUCGAGAAGUUUCUCAUCGGCCCUGACGGUGUGCCCUUCAAACGUUACAGCAGGCAUUUUGAAACCAUCAAGAUCCAAGAUGAUAUUGAAUUCCUUCUUCAGAAAGUUCCUAAGAAUGUGCUUGGUUAAACCAAAGCUUUGCUGAGAUCUAUUGCUGAAUGUGCAAGAGGAAUCUCCACCUCCUGCUUAGUUUGUUAGGCUUGUGCCUGUUUUUCUGAUGGGGGGGGGGGGGAGCUGCUCGUUCUGGUGGUAAAAUUCUAAUGUCCUUGCAAGUUUUGCUCAUGAGAGUGCAUCUUCUAAAUUCCUGAAGUGUACUUGAUGUUUUAAAAGUUGCAUGUGCAUGUUUGGAAAGCUACUGCAGGGAAAGCAGCUUUGUGCCUCUGAAUAAAAAAUGCGUACUUUCUCUAA